AUGUCAUCACCAUCCAAGACGAAAACACCGCCGUUGGUCCAUACCCUGUAUAUUGGUCCUGGUGCACUUCCUCGAGUGCAUGGUAAGUAUCCCUUGGAGGAGCAAAUCGCAGACAUCUUGCAUGUCUGCAAGCGACGAUGGGGUGAUGGAAGCGAGGUACAGCCAAGAUACGUCGAUGGACAGUAUCUUGGUCUACAACUUCGACUGCCAGAAGCGCCAGACCUAGAUGGGGAAACACCUGUAAAGAUAGCUUAUAACGUGCCCUUCCGAAAAAAGCUCUAUGAAAGCAAUGCAGAUUGGACAUCUGAGAUCGGAAAUCUCUCGUCCAGACAAGAACAAGACAUAUACAAGAUAAGGAGUCUUGAAUUGGGAUAUUUACUUGAACUGAAAAACAGAUUUGUCACAAAGUGGCCUGUUCCUCCAGUGUCAAACUAUAUAGCUCCUGAGGACACCUAUAUCAACUUUAGCUUCCUUGAUCCCGAUCGCUGUGUAUAUAUCGACUACCGCUUGGGUUCCUCGUACCGCUUUCGCAUGAAGUCUCAUCUCUCGAAUGUAGUUUGGAUGCUUAUGGAAGGCCCAAUUACACCAACUCGAAUCAAUAGCGACAAGCAGAUACAAGAAUACCAUUUGGUCAUGCAAUUGGCUGUAGCUCCAACCAUAACAUACAUACCAGAACGCAGUGGCCGAUACUCUCGGCACGAGAAACCGAAAAGAUAUGCAGUCCCUCAUCCAGCCAUUCAAGAUGUCUUUAAAGACCGCUUUUGGAAUGGUAUGCCUGAUGCUCUCAAACAGGCCAUCAAGGCUGGCCCACCAUCUGGACAAUACUUGACGUAUCGUAUACAUCUCGUCAUUGAAGAAGAUGACCACAUCGCCUUCAUACGUGACAUGUCAUCACUCUUUGAAGCUGGCUUAUUGCCUAAAGCAAGUCUAGCAGUUAGUCGAGAGUUGUCUCCAUCUACGUACAUGCCCUUGUCAACGUUUGAACAUCUUCCAUACAAGAUCUACUUUCAACUUGAGGCAUUGGCUGCUCAAAAUCAAGCCAUAUUACAUAUGCUAGGCCCAGACGUGAUUCAUAGCAUUACACCACGCCCAAUGCCACCCGAUGUCGGCCCUAAUGCUACUCCUCAGCAACAGGAAGAAUACGCAACUCAUCGAAAUGGUCACCAAGGGGAUGUUGACCUCAUAUCUGGUGCCUUGAAGCGUAUGGCUUCUGGAUACAAGUCUAAAGCCAAAGAGCACUUGUAUAAUUUUGCUGAUGUCUUCAAAGCUGAAAAGAAGAAUGAGCAUCGAAAAAUGUAUGAAGAGCAAAGGAGGAAGCAGGCUGCCCAUGAUGUCAAUUACCGUUGGAUUCACAAGGCAAGUUCAUUCAUAGUAACGUUCAAAUUUAUUAUCGUGACGCCAACUGCUGUACAUUAUAUAGGCCCUCAAUACGAACUCAUCAAUCGAGUCAUUCGUGAUAAUGAGCAGCUACUCAACAACUUUUUACGAGUUCAAUUCUGUGAAGAAGAUCAUGAACGCAUGGCUUCGACUGAUCAUGAUCUACUGUUGAAACGUAUCUCUACGUUUUUGGAUCAUGGGAUUGUUAUUGGUGGUCGUCGUUAUGAGUUCUUGCACUACUCUAGCAGUCAGCAACGUAAUGCUGGCUGUUGGUUUUACUCUGCGCCAGAUAAUGAGAAGACUGUACAAUGGGUUCGUGGCUGGAUGGAAAAUGAAUACCAUACAGAUCCAUUCACAGGCAGAACGUAUUUAUUCUUUGAUGGAAUUGGACGAAUUGGUAGAAAGUUGGGAAUUCGUUUGUGGUCUGGACUGGGAAAGUUUAUGCCACAUAUGGCCACAUUUGGAAUUCCAACUGCCUUCCAAUUGCGAGUCGCUGGUGCUAAAGGAAUGUUGACAGUGGACGAAAGCAUACCCGAAAAUGAACUCCAUUUGAGGAAAAAUAUGAUCAAGUUUGAGAAGGAUUACUAUGUUAUGGAGGUGAUUAGGACAGCUUUCUAUUCACCGUGUUAUCUCAAUCGUCAAUUAAUUCUAUUGUUGACCACAUUGGGUGUGCCAGGAGAAAACAUCAUGACUCUUAUGGAUGAGCAAGUCAGGCGCUUAGACAGCAUCUUUGAGUCCAAGGAAGCAGCAUCAGCAGUCCUCAAAUCCAUGACCGAUGGCUGGGGUAUCUCGACUGAAUUGAUUGCUUUGAUUGAAGCUGGAUUCUGGGAUCGUAAAGAGCCAUUUUUGAUGAAUAUGCUUCGUUUAUAUCGUGCCACUCAGAUGAGAGAAAUCCAAAAGAGAACUCGAAUACAUGUGCCAAAGGCUGUUCACUUGCUUGGUGUAAUGGAUGAGACUGGUCUGCUUCCAGAAGGUCAGAUUAUUGUCAGGAUUGCAGAACCCCCUUCCAAGUCACUCAGGACAAUUGUGGCCCGGGGUCUAAUUACAAGAUCACCAGCAGUACAUCCUGGAGAUGUCCAAAUUGUGCAAGCCACCGCCCAGUUUGACAACAUCUACAAUCUCAAACAUCAUCGAGAUGUAAUUGUCUUUUCACGGCGUGGUGUGCGACCACUACCAAAUCAAUUGUCUGGUGGAGACCUUGAUGGAGAUUCAUUUGUCUUUAUAUGGGAUGAACGAUUGAUUCCCUCUCGUACUGUGCCAGCUAUGGAUUAUGAGCCAGUGACCAAAGAGAGGACUGUCGCGGCAGUCAGUGUCAGAGAUGUGAAGGCUCAUUUCGUAGAUUACAUUGCCAAAAAUACACUAGGCAAGAUCGAUCACGCACAUAUGGCUUGGGCUGAUCGUGAAGAGAAGGGGGCUGAAUGUGAUCAAUGCCUACAACUAGCAGAAUUGCAUUCAACAGCAGUCGACUAUGCCAAGUCAGGCAUCUCGGCGGAUUUCCCAGAACAUUUACAACCACGUACAUAUCCUCAUUGGUUGGAAAAGUCUCCCACACAGACUUUUAUAUCUCGGUCUGUCAUUGGUAAAAUAUACGAUAAAGUCACUAUUGAUGUUGAGCUAGUCACCAAGAUCAAACCAGACCCUAUACUAUUGUUACCUGGUCGAGACAAAUAUCUCAAAGAAACCAUCACCCGUAAAGCCGCAUAUGAUAGAGAAAUAACAGCACUAAUGAAUCAAUAUAGCAUCACCUCCGAACUUGAAUUGAUAUCAUCCUACAUCCUAAUGGUUGGAGAUGGUAAAAAGAAGCCCUUUGAACUAAACGAGGAUAUCAUGCCAGCCAUAACCGCUAUUAAUAAACGAUAUCGAGAGGCCUUCCAUGCCGAAAAGACAUCAAAAGGUGAAUUCGUAUUCUCUGGAUCUACAUACCUCAAACCUGAUGAUGAAACCGUAUCGCAAGAUGUACUGCUACGGGCAUCCUGUUGGUAUGACGUAUCAUAUUCAACCGAGAUCAAUAGCAAGCCCAGUAAAUUCGAGAAGCCUGCUUUUGCACCAAAGGGUGCCGAUGUGCCUGUUGAAGUUGUAUGUUUGGAAGGGAGGAUGAUUUCGUUUUGUUGGGUGGUGUAUGAUUUGUUGGCUAUUAUUUUGAGGCGGCAAAGUAAGGCGGCUGCAGAAGGAGGUGGAAGUGAGAAAGUAGGAGGGAUGGUUGCAGGUAGAUAG